AUGUCCACCAACCCAGAACCCACCAUCGACACGGCCUUCCCCGCGGCCAUCGCCGCCGGCCAAAUCAACGGCGCCGUCCUCCUCGCAACCAACACCGACGACACCUUCAACUACACCGCCGCCCUCGGCCAACGCACCCUCCUCUCCGGCGAAAAACGUCCCCAACAGCUCGAUGACAUCCUCUACCUCGCGUCCGCCACCAAACUUCUCGCCACCAUCGCCGCGCUGCAAGCCGUCGAGGACGGGUUGCUGACGCUUGAUGAUGAAAUACCCUCCACUAUCGCCCCCGAGCUAAGCGCGUCAAACUUGACCGUGUUGAACAAAGACGCGACGGAGACCGUGCCGGCCGAGCGGGGAAUCACCCUAGCCAUGCUGCUCACCCACACCUCCGGGAUCAGUUACGAUUUCCUCGUCCCGCGCCUGUCCAAGUGGCGACAGGAAAACGAGCCCCCUUUGGCAGAGGACGCGCGCCGACCCGUCGAGGAGGCGUUUCGGUACCCGUUGGGGUUCCAGCCGGGGACUGGAUGGAUGUAUGGGCCGGGAUUGGACUGGGCGGGGAGGAUUGUGGAAAGGGUUCGCGGGGAGACGUUGGGGGAGGCGGUGCGGAAGCGGAUUACGGGCCCGUUGGGGAUUGCGGAGGAGGAGGUGCAGUUUUAUCCGGUCAAGGGGGAGAAGGUGAGGGAGAGGAUGGUGGAUUUGAAUGAGCAUGAUCCGGAGGGCUUGGGACAGGCGGUUACGGGGAGUCCGGGGUCGCCGAACAAGAGGAGUCAGGGGGAUUUUGGGGGGCAUGGGGGGUUUAUGAGUGGGGAGGGGUAUAUUAAGCUCUUGCGGGCGUUGUUGAAGAAUGAUGGGACCCUGCUUCGGCCGGAGACGGUUGAGUCUAUGUUUCAGAACCAGAUCCGGCCCGAGGCUGAGGUGAAUUUCCAGGCUACGUUGAACGGGCCGGCCGGGGGGUUCUUUCGGUUGGGGGUGGAUGCUGGGAAGAAGCUGGGUCAUGGGUAUGGUGGGCUGCUCACGUUGGAGGAUUUGGAUAACUGGUAUGGCCAGCACACGCUGACUUGGGGUGGAGGGUUGACGUUGACAUGGUUUGCGGAUCGUAAGACUGGCUUGGCUGGGUUUUGUGCUGUCCAGGCCUCGCUGCCGUUGCCGAUUGACGUGCCGGCAGCCACGGAGCUGAAGCAGGUCUUCCGGCGGGAUGUGUUCCGCAAGUAUGCCGCGUCAAAGCUGUAG